AUGUCGUCGUCCAGCACCACACUACUACGCGAGACCACACACUCCUUCUGCCGCGCCUUGAUCGCGCCGCCCCCGCCCUCCGACCUACUCGCGCAAUACUUCAGCAGCUGGCCCCGGAUCACGGAGCACGGCCCCGAAUGGUCACGCACCCGACUACCCUUUCUCGCCAAGACUUUUGCUGGGAGAGAGGGGUGCGAGGAAUAUUUCAAACUGAUGACUGAUGUGCUUGAGAUGGCGUUGCCUGAUGAUGCUUUUCCUGGUAAGGAGGGGUUCAUUGUUGAUGCUGAGGCGGGGAUGGUGAGUGUGGUCGGUAAGGGCAGGUUUACGAGUAGGAAGACGGGGAAGGGGUGGGAUGAAAGAUUUAUUUAUCGGUUUAGUGGGUUUGAUAACGAGGGCAAGAUUGGGCAUUGGGAGAUUUGGGCUGAUCCGCUGAGUGCUUGGGAGGCUGUUGGUGGUUGA